CAAGCGACUCGAAAACAAAACUCCAGAGUUAUGUGUGUUUGAACAGAUAUUUCGUCUCGUUCGGAUAUUCUGAAUCCAUUGUUUCAUCGGCUUUUAAGUUAACCUAGCUUUCGGAUUAAUUCUUCAAAACACACUCUCUCUUUAGAGCCAUGAAUUUAAUGGGAUUACCUAGUAGUGCAAAUCAGGGGACGACAUUUCGACCAAAGAAGAGGAAGACACAUCCAUCUGGGAGCAAGGGUUCUCAGCUUGAAAAUCUCAUCACAACCACUCUUGGAACUGGUAACCUCAGAGAAGCCGUGAAACUACCUCCUGGUGAAGACAUUAACGAGUGGUUGGCCAUUAACACCAUAGAUUUCUACAACCACGUGAACCUUUUGUACGCUACUCUCCAAGAGUUCUGCACCCCCGACACUUGCCCAAUCAUGAAUGCUGGAUUAUAUGAGUAUAGAUGGGCAGAUGGAGUUGCUGUAAAGGAGCCAAUAACGGUUUCUGCUCCUGAAUACGUUGAGUAUCUCAUGAACUGGAUUGAAACUCAGAUCGAUAACGAAGCCAUCUUUCCGCAACAACCUGUGCCAUUCCCACCAAACUUUAAGGAUUUCGUGAAGCCGAUUUUGAAGAGGAUGUUUCGUGUUUAUGCACACAUCUAUCACUGUCACUUCAAGAAGGUUGUUGGUUUCGAGGAAGAAGCUCAUCUCAACACUUGUUUCAAGCAUUUUGUUCUCUUCACAUCUGAGUACCAGUUGAUCGAUGAAGCAAACUUGGCUCCACUUAAAGACCUCGUGGAUAAGAUUCUGAACCCAUAGAAAAUGU